CGAUUCUCGUGUUGGUUGUUGAUAGUUUUUAUUUUAAUUUCUGUCCAAGAAUUAAUUUUGUUUUGUUUUGUUUUGUUUUUCUCUAUCUAGUGUUGAUUUUUUUUUCUCUCUCUCGUUUGUAUAUUUGAUCCACUAUGAGUGAAGAUAUUUCUUGUCCACGUUGUAAAACCUCCAAGUAUCGUAAUCCAUUGUUGAAGCUAUUGGUCAAUGUCUGUGGUCAUCCUUUAUGUGAUAAUUGUGUUGACCUGUUAUUUGUUAAAGGAUCAGCAACUUGUCCAACUUGUAAUAUCUCAUUAAGGAAGACCAAUUUUCGUGUACAAUUGUUUGAAGAUUCACUGGUAGAGAAAGAAGUUGAUAUAAGAAAGAAAAUAUUGAAAGAUUUUAACAAGAAAGAGGAUGAUUUCACCUCUCCCGAUGAGUACAAUGAUUAUUUGGAAUUCAUUGAAGAUUUGAUCUACAAUUUAACUAAUAAUAUUGAUGUUGAAUCAACUAAACGUAAAAUUGAAAAUUAUAAAAAAGAUAAUUGGGAAUCAAUUAAUAGAAAUCGUGGUAAACUAAGUCGAGAUGAGGAGGAAAUAGAAGGUCUUAUAGAAGCUGAAAAGGAUCACGAACAAUGGAAAACUCAAGUUCUAAGUGUACAAGAGAACAAUUUUUCCAAGAGUAAAAAAAGAGCAGCGGAAGCUUUGGUUGAUGAUCUAAUGUGCUCAGAUUUACCUGCGAAUCAAAUUUUGGCUCGACAUGCAAGCGAAAAGUUACAAUUAGAAAAAAGAAAUGCCGAACUUCCCAAACCACCUCCAAUUCGAAGGCCUCCAAGUCAAGUUAUGUUCUCAACGGGUAUUAAAGUUGGUAAAAAUUCAUCCAGUCUAUUCCUUCCGGUUCCAAAGCAAGUUGAACAUGAAGUUUACGUUUACGUGGAGCCAACCUUUGAUAUGGAAGGUCCAAAUCCACUGGGAACUAAAGAUCUCCAUGAUCUCGGGCAUAUACAUCAUGUGCGUAACAUUGAAUUAUCAGAACUUGCAGGAGGAUUCAUCAGGACUUAUCCAUGUCAACGUGCCAUCCAAGAAGCAUUUUGUGGUCUCUUUUAUCAACCAGAUCCAUGAUAUUUUCACCAGAUUGAUAAUCUCACUUUCUCCUCCCAAAGAAUCAACAAACUUGUUGAGAAAGCGUUUAUUUGCUAUUCAAAACUUUUCUAAAACUAUUUUUCCACAAAACGAAAACAAAUGAAAAUCGACCUUCACAAUUAACUCUGUAAAUGUAAACAUCCAGCAGAGGUUGACUUUUAAAAAGGAAGGUUGAUCAUUGGUUGACGUUUUUUUUGUCCUCGUCACAGUAAAAUCAAAACUAUGAUCCCGUUCAAGCCCAAAAAAACACACUCGGACAAUACGAGCAAAGGAAAAGCAUAAAAAACACCAAAUAACUGACAGAGUGAGAUGAACAUUUCGCCCUGAUAAUGUAACUUUUAAAGCUCAGUUUGUGAAAUGAAAACAACGAAUGUGUUGCCCUUGGACAUAUCUAAUAUCUUUGAUGAAGAUGAAGAUGAUUAUGUUAUUUCAUUAAAAUAAAAGAUGGUGAUACAUUUCUUAUUGUUAUUCAA